AUGCCGAGCGUGGCACGCGUGGCAAGCUCUAACCACAUACAUCUGACAUAUGCCAACUCGAUGCAGACGUUUGACAAUUUGCGAACGAGCUGGCUUUCUACGAUAACAAGUAGCUCGAGGUCUCGAGCAGAGCACGCUAUGCCUCCUUCCCCGGCAACUAAGACCUGCGGCAGGCUGCUGAAUUCCACCAUACACACACCUCAAAAUGGGUCGACGCCAUCGCCUUUACAGGUCAAUAUGCUCGUUGAACCUGUUGCCGGCUGGCUGCAUAUUGCCGUCCACGAUGGGCUACUCCUCAUAGUUCCCGUCAACUGCAGUUACUUUGUCGGUGGGAUCCAAGCCCGUGGCAUUCUUUGGAUUGCUUGGUACAGCGGUUACAGGACCAACCAAAAUGCUUCGUUUUCCGUGGCUCCGAACAGCGCGCCCUCCACCAAUAGUCCAGCCUCGUUCGUUGACACAAAUGCCUGCACUCCCCUCAUCAACAUCCUGAGGAGAUGA